CACAAAUACGGAGCUUUGGCACAGCACAAGGGUUAAAAUAUAUACAAUAUCCUUGUUUAUUAGCUACAAUGGUCAAACUCGAAGAAGUCGCUAUCGAUCAAACUGAAGUCCAGGAAUAUUUGAGCGACGACGAUAACUACAGCGAUUAUUCUGACGAUGAUUUCGAUGAAGACGAAGACGAAUCGCUCUUGGAUCGUAUUAUCGCUCUCAAAGAAAUUGUGCCAUUGAAGCAUCGCAACCGCAUUUCCUCCGGUGUUUCUUCCUUAACUUCCUGGGGAAAGACUGGCGCUACCUUUGUUGGAAAAAGCGCUUGGGUAUUGACCACUUCUAUGUUAUUACUUGUCCUGCCUCUUGCAUUGGAGAUCGAGAAAGAACAAGCUUUGGUGGCCUAUGAAAAGGAAGCCAUGCAACAACAGGGUGCUCAACAGAUGUUAAAUCCCGGUAUGUAUGGUCAACCUCAACCAGGUCAACCAGCACAACAACAGCAACAACAACAACAAGGUCAAUUGAAAGCACCAGGUUUCUAAGCGUAACAGUUGAUAAGUAAAAUAAAAAAAAAUGAAAACUAUUGUAAAGAAAGAGGGAUCAAAGAGCAGUCAUAAUACGAUGAAUAUGUUCUCAGUAAUGUUCAAUCCCUUUAUGUAUAUGAUCUUCUUGUGCCCAGUUGGCAGACAUUUAGAUGGAUAAAGCCGAAAUUGAAUAAAAAAAAAAUAGACUUUUGCUUGGAAG